AUGGGUGCUACUCAAGCCCGAGAGCAUACCGCGCAGACGGCUACCUUGGCCGAACUCAGCAAGGCCUUGGAAGACUUUGACAGGGCCAUCCAACUGGACCCGAAAUGGGCUUCUGCCUUUCUUCACCGUGGACUUGCCAAGGAGAAGCUCGGCAACUGUCAUGGUGCUGUUGAGGACUUGAGCAAGGCCAUCCAGCUUGACCCCAAGAACGCAGCUGCGUUCCUUACUCGCGGAGUUGCCAAGGAGCAGCUGGGCAAUUGCGAGGGUGCUCUGAAGGAUUACACUAGAGCCAUUCAGCUGGAUCCCAAAGAUGCAGUUGGUUUCCGUAGCCGUGGAGGUGCCAAGGAGCAGCUUGGGAAUUGUGAGGGGGCCCUAAAGGACUAUAGCAGAGCCAUCAUGCUGGAUCCAAAGGAUACAAUAGCUUUCCGCAACCGCGGAAUCGCCUACGGACAGUUAGGGAAUUUAGAGGCUGCCAUCCAGGACUUCGACACGGCAAUCCGGUUAGACCCCGAGGACGCAGCUGCCUUUGUCAACCGUGCAAUCGUGAGGCGUAGGCUUGGGAAUUGCCAGGGUGCUCUGACCGACUACGACCGGGCCAUCCAGCUGGACCCCAGCGAGGCCACUGCCUUCCUCAAUCGUGGAGUUGCCAAGGAGAAGCUUGGGAACUGCAAGGGUGCUAUCAAGGACCAUGACAGAGCCAUCCAGCUGGACCCAAACAAUGCGCUAGCUUUUCUGAACCGUGGAGUGGCCAAGGAAAAGCUUGGAAAUUGUGAGAAUGCCCUGGAGGAUUACGACAAGGCAAUCGAACUGGAUCCGAACAACGCAGCUGCCAUUCUGAACCGUGGCGUUGCCAAGGGACAGCUUGGGAACUGCGAGGGUGCUCUGAAGGACUACGACAGGGCCAUUCAGCUAAAUCCAGCAUGGGCACUUGCCUUCCGCAAUCGCGGAAUUGUCAAUGGACAUCUGGGAAACUUCGAGGGUGCGCUUGAGGACUAUGCUUCUGCCAUCCAGCUGGACCCCAAUGAUGCGGAUGUCUUUCGUAAACGUGGGCUUCUCAAAGGUCAUCUUGGGAAUCCUGAGGGAGCCGUACAGGAUUUCGACGUGGCCAUAAAGCUGGACCCCAGCAACACAGUUGCUUUCUUGAAUCGUGGAGUUGCCAAGGAGAAGGUCGGGAACUGCAAGGGUGCCCUUGAAGAUUACACCAAAGCCAUCCAGCAGGAUCCAAAGAUUGCAGCUGCCUUCCACAAUCGUGGAGUUGCCAAGGGACAGCUCGGGGACUCGAAGGGUGCCAUCGAGGAUUUCAACGUGGCCAUCCAGCUGGAUCCAGAGCAUGCAGAUGCUUUCAGAAAUCGUGGAGUUGCCAAGGGACAUCUCGGGAAUUCUAGGGAGGCCCUGGAAGAUCACGAUAGAGCCAUUCAGCUGGACCCCAGGGAACCGGUCACUUUCCUCAACCGCGGCGUUGACAAAGGACAGCUGGGAGACUCCACGGGCGCUAUCCAGGACUUUGAUGUAGCCAUCGAGCUGGACCCGAAGAACGCAGUCGCUUACCGCAACCGUGGCAUUGCUAGAGAAAAGCUUGGGAACUGCCAAGGCGCCAUUGAGGACUACGACAGAGCCAUACAGCUGGAACCAGCACGAGUGCGUAGCACCAUCUCGCUGCGUCGCUUGAAGAAGCUGAGAAACUCUUGUGCUGCUUUGAGUCAGCGUGCAUGA